AUGACGCUAUUCCCUUUCGAAGAGCCCAAUGACGACACCUUAUGCAUUCGCGAGCUAGGGGUGCAAGAAUGGGCUGAGAACGAGCUAGAAACAAAGCUUCGUCACAUUCCCGAGCGAGACUGCAGCGAUAUUUUGGAAGGCAUUCGCUUCAGCGUUGCACGAUUGCCUGACUGCCCUGGGAUUUUUCAGGUACACGACCUGCUUCUCAAUAUGAGUUGGAGUUUCACAUCCAUGGAUCUCUUCGAUGGCGAGUUUAAUCUCGCCAGCGCAUACUUAGAGUUCAUGGAUUCGCAGGAGUCAUUCUGGUUACCAGAUGUCGAGUGUUUGAAGGCGGAAAUGUCCAGAGACUAUGAUUGGACAGCCUUACAAAGCGUGCAGUGUCCCCCUGAGAAAGGCUUAGGCGAAUUAACAGUGCCGAUCAUGCCGCAUGAAUCGCAAGAAGGACGAGAGGGGACCGCCUCAAAUGGUUACGAUUCAAGCGAAGACGACCUGGAAUCGGAAUUUUCAUGGUAUACAGUGAUAUCCGACGAGUCACGCGAGAAUUACACUCGAGAAGGCACCCAAUACGAGCAGGAGAAUGUUCGGGUGACCAUAAUCGACGAACCACAGCGCCCAAAGAAGUCCUCUAAACGUCGAGAACCACGUACGCUGCUCCAGGGAAAUGCUGCCAAAACGAAAGACCUUGAGAGACGCGUACCGAAGACAUGCAUAAUCGACGCAUUUGUGAAUGGAGAGGCUGCACAAGCGCUCGUGGACACUGGUUCAAUGUCUGAUUUUGUAUCGACAACCCUCGUUGACCAGCUUAGGCUCAAGUACGAGAGCCUGGCUAAACCCCUCACAGUCCAGCUCGCUGUGACGGGUUCUCGUGGAAAGAUCAAUGCAUCUACCACUGUCAAGUUUCGAUAUGGCGAUAUCUGCGAAAAACGUCGAUUUGACGUGAUGAACAUUGAUGGAUACGAUGUCAUUCUAGGCACACCAUUUCUCUAUCAGCACAAAGGUGUUAUUGGAUUCAAUCCGACACGCCUGGCUUUCGAAAGUAUUGAGGCUCUACCCAUAGAAGGGAAAGAAGUCGCCACGAUUGCAUCGCUCGCAGCCUCAGUUCUGAAUAAUAGCCUAGAGGAAGUCCGAGAAAUGCUCCGAAAGGAGGCCGCAGAUCUCUGUAGACCCGCUGAGGAGACCCCUCUACCGCCAUUUCGCGCGAUUAACCAUCGCAUUCCGCUCAAGAAUGAGUCGCUUCAGAUCCCUUACAUUCCAUCACGAUGUCCGCAAGCAUUUCAGGAGCAAUGGGCUCGAAAGCGUGACACAUAUAUUAGGACUGGUCGCUGGGAAUACGCCACAGGUCACAGCGGCGUGCCCAUGCUCUUUAUCCCAAAGAAACCAGGCCCAAACGGCGAGAAGCGACCGCGUACUGUGUUUGCAAAGCAAAGACUGAAUGAGAAUACGAUUAAGCUAUCGUCACCUCUACCGGAUAUACAGUCUAUUCUCGAGACCAUUGCGCCUCACCGGCACAAAUCCCUCAUUGAUGGUCGAGAUGCUUACGAACAGAUCCGUGUUGAGUCUAAGGAUGUACACAAGACUCUAUUCAACACCCCCGACGGCACGAUGAUCAGUAAGGUCAUGCAGCAAGGUGACUGCAAUGCGACUGCGACCUACCAAACUCUCAUGAACUACGUUUUUGCGCCAUACAUUGGCAAGUUUAUGUACGUCUAUUUAGACGACAUCAUUAUCUUCUCAGAUGAUGUUGAGAGUCAUGUCGAGCAUAUCCGCAUAGUGCUGAACACCCUACGACGCGAGAAGCUUUACUUGACUUCACCUGAUAAGCUUCAAUUCUUCGCAAAUCCACUGAUAGUUCUUGGCCACGUGAUAAACGGUCAAGGGAUUAUGACGGACCCUCAUAAAGUCGACCGGAUUGAGAACUGGAAAGUUCCCACCAAUGCUGAACAAGUGUCGAUGCUCACUGGUAUGGUUCAGUACGUCGCCAGAGACUGUCAUGCUAUAGCUAUUCCUCUCGCUGUACUCUCCAAACUACAAAGAGUGCGAGAAUGGAAGUGGGGCCCAACUCAGCAGCGCGCAUUUGAGGAAGUCAAGCGCAUUGUGUCACAGUGGCAGCAUAAUCAUCGUCAUACUAUCGAUCGUUCAGAAAAUGCUGACCCGAUUGGCGUUCAUGUCGACGCCAGCCUUACUGGUGCUGGUGGCAUCAUUUGGCAAGGAAAAUCGUUCCAAACUGGUCGUAAAAUCGCAUUCUGGUCUGGGAAGUUCAACUCUGCCGAACAGAACUACCCUACACACGACCGAGAGCUACUUGGCAUAAUUCACUGUCUACCGGAUCAUGAGCCGUUUGAGGGCCUCCUCAGGCAAAAGUCCCUCAAUGAACGUCAGAAACGGUGGCUUGAAGCGCUAUCUCACUUCGAUUUCAAUAUCGAAUACAUCCCUGGAGAAGAAAAUUACAUUGCAGACGCAUUGUUGCGAGUAUACUCCAAUGAACCCAAAGGGAUUGUCCGUGCCGACAGCGAGUUUGUAACCAAGCCACUGCCUGAGGAAAAUGAGCAUGUUCUAGAGAAGAUGAUCCGGUGUCGCAUGACACGAUCGAAGCCACUCUACACUGGCACCGAAGUGAAAGCGGUGCUAGAGCUCCACGCGGUCACUAGAGCCCAAAAGGCUAAAAACGCGCGCCUGGAAACAAGCGUUCAGGCCAGGGGCACUGACUCCUCCGACGAGGAUACUCCGGUAAAGUCACCCCUUGCGAGAAUGAAGCCAUAUGCUCGUGUGAUCGAAGCCGAACUAAGCCCUGAAUCCGAAGAAGUCACGUCUGAUUCAUCCUCUGAGACAGACAAGCCACAGAAGGGCUCGGAUUUGCCUAACGACGAGGUUGACAAGCCCAAUGCCGAGCCAGAGAUCAGCGUGACUAAUAAUCCGAAGGCGACCAUAGACAAUGAACCUACCACGGCUAAUGCCAAACUCAACGCACCAAGCAAAGAGCCUAGUCCCAAUGGGGAUUCGCUUAGUCCGAGUCUAAACUAUCCUGAGUAUUCGCCCACUCUCACUUACAUAGUGAAUGAAGGCGAACCAGGUAUCCAGCUGCCAGACUGUCUGAAAGGACGCGAUGAUGAGGAUAAUUUUUUCGCUCCCAUAGUCAAAUCUCUAGCUGGUCAUAAGCAUUUCAUCCUUGAGAAUGGCUUAUUGUAUCUGAAGGACGAUGGACGGCGAAUUCUCUGUGUGCCGGAUAUUAAGAUCGGCGAGAGGAGCGUCAGGGAAAUAUUCAUUACCCACGCUCAUUCACUACUUGCGCACCUGGGGUUGAAGAAGACACUUGCGUACCUUCGUGAUAACGUAUGGUGGAAGGAAAUCCAGCGAGAUGUGGCCGAAUAUUGCCAAUCCUGCUCCACAUGCGCUUCGUCUAAAUCACGAACAACUCGACCAUUUGACCUACUCAAAUCACUUGAGGUCCCCUCGAGACCAUGGUGUUAA